AUGGCUUUUGUGAACCUACCACGUUCUUCUCCGCAGGCCACCACUCACGUGUAUGUGACCAUCGUGGACGAGAACGAUAACGCACCUGUGUUCCAGCAGCCCCACUACGAGAUCUUGCUGGAUGAGGGGCCGGACACGAUCAAUGCCAGCCUCGUCACCAUCCAGGCGCUUGACCUGGACGAGGGGCCCAAUGGCACAGUGACCUACGCCAUCAUUGCAGGCAACAUCAUCGAUACUUUCCAUAUUGACAGACACACGGGUGUCAUCCGUGCUGCCAAGGAGCUGGACUAUGAGAUCUGCCAUGGCCGCUACACCCUGAUCGUCACAGCCACGGACCAGUGCCCCAUCUUGUCCCGCCGCCUCACCUCCACCACCACGGUGCUUGUGAACGUGAAUGACAUCAACGACAACGUGCCCACCUUCCCCCGAGACUAUGAGGGGCCGUUUGAUGUCACCGAGGGCCAGCCGGGGCCGAGAGUGUGGACCUUCCUGGCCCAUGACCGGGACUCGGGCCCCAACGGUCAGGUGGAGUACAGCAUCGUGGAUGGAGACCCCCUGGGGGAGUUUUUGAUCUCUCCUGUGGAGGGUGUGCUGCGGGUCCGGAAGGAUGUGGAGCUGGACCGGGAAACCAUUGCCUUCUAUAACCUGACCAUCUGUGCCCGAGACAGGGGGGUGCCCCCACUCAGUUCCACGAUGCUGGUGGGGAUUCGGGUGCUGGACAUCAAUGACAACGACCCUGUGCUGCUGAACCUCCCCAUGAACGUGACCAUCAGUGAGAACAGCCCCGUCUCCAGCUUCGUCGCCCACAUCCUGGCCAGCGACGCUGACAGCGGGUGCAAUGCCCUCCUCACCUUUAACAUCACUGCAGGCAACCGGGAGCGGGCCUUCGCCAUCAAUGCCACGUCAGGGAUCGUCACCGUGAACCGGCCCCUGGACCGCGAGCGGAUCCCAGAGUACAAGCUCACCAUUUCCGUGAAGGACAACCCGGAGAACCCGCGCAUAGCCAGGAGGGAUUUUGACUUGCUGCUGAUCUUCCUUGCGGACGAGAAUGACAACCACCCCCUCUUCACGGAGAGCACCUACCAGGCAGAGGUGAUGGAGAACUCUCCUGCCGGGACCCCCCUCACGGUGCUCAACGGGCCCAUCCUGGCCCUGGAUGCGGACCUGGACGUCUAUGCCGUGGUGACCUACCAGCUGCUGGGUGCCCAGAGCGGCCUCUUUGACAUCGACAACAGUACGGGCGUGGUGACAGUGAGGUCGGGUGUGGUCAUUGACCGGGAGGCCUUCUCACCUCCCGUCUUGGAGCUGCUGCUGCUGGCUGAGGACAUUGGGCUGCUCAACGGCACAGCUGACCUGAUCGUUACCAUCCUGGAUGACAAUGACAACUGGCCCACCUUCAGCCCUGCUGCCCUCACCGUCCACCUGCUGGAGAACUGCCCCCCAGGAUUCUCUGUCCUUCAGGUCACAGCCACAGAUGAGGACAGUGGCCUCAACGGGGAGCUGGUCUACCGAAUAGAAGCGGGGGCUCAGGACCGCUUCCUCAUCCACCCGGCCACGGGGGUCAUCCGCGUGGGCAAUGUCACCAUUGACAGGGAGGAGCAGGAGUCCUACAGGCUGACCGUGGUGGCCUCUGACCGGGGCACCGUUCCUCUCUCUGGCACGGCCAUCAUCACCAUCCUUAUCGAUGACAUUAACGACUGCCGCCCCGAGUUCCUCAACCCCAUCCAGACCGUGAGCGUGCUGGAGUCAGCCGAGCCAGGCACCGUCAUUGCCAAUGUCACGGCCAUCGACCGUGACCUCAACCCAAAGCUGGAGUACCACAUCGUCAGCAUUGUGGCCAAGGACGACACGGACCGCCUGGUGCCUGACCAGGAGGACGCCUUUGCUGUGAAUAUCAACACAGGGUCUGUUUUGGUGAAGUCUCCCCUGAACCGGGAGCUGGUUGCCACCUAUGAGGUCACUCUCUCGGUGAUUGACAAUGCCAGCGACCUACCAGAGCGCUCUGUCAGCGUGCCAAAUGCCAAGCUGACAGUCAACAUCCUGGAUGUCAAUGACAACACACCCCGGUUCAAGCCCUUUGGGAUCACCUACUACACAGAGAAGGUCCUGGAGGGGGCCACCCCGGGCACCACGCUCAUCGCUGUCUCAGCUGUGGACCCCGACAAGGGCCUCAAUGGGCUGAUCACCUACAGCCUGCUGGACCUGAUGCCCCCAGGCUACGUUCAACUGGAAGACUCCUCGGCAGGGAAGGUCAUUGCCAACCGGACGGUGGACUAUGAGGAAGUGCACUGGCUCAACUUUACUGUGAGGGCUUCAGACAAUGGGUCCCCACCCCGGGCAGCCGAGAUCCCUGUCUACCUGGAGAUUGUGGACAUCAAUGACAACAACCCCAUAUUUGACCAGCCUUCCUACCAGGAAGCCGUCUAUGAGGAUGUGCCCGUAGGCACAGUCAUCCUGACGGUCAGUGCUUCUGAUGCCGACUCAGGCAACUUUGCCGUCAUUGAGUACAGCCUUGUGGAUGGAGAGGGCAAGUUUGCCAUCAACCCCACCACGGGCGACAUCUAUGUGCUGUCCUCCCUGGACCGGGAGAAGAAGGACCACUAUAUCCUGACUGCCUUGGCCAAAGACAACCCUGGGGAUGUAGCCAGCAACCGUCGAGAAAAUUCGGUGCAGGUGGUGAUUCAGGUGCUAGACGUCAAUGACUGCCGGCCACAGUUCUCCAAGCCGCAGUUCAGCACGAGCGUUUAUGAGAAUGAACCAGCGGGCACCUCGGUCAUCACCAUGAUGGCCACCGACCAGGAUGAGGGCUCCAACGGGGAAGUGACGUACUCCCUUGAGGGCCCUGGUGAGGAGGCCUUCCACGUGGACAUGGACUCAGGCCUGGUGACCACAAAGCGGCCACUGCAUUCCUACGAGAGGUUCAACCUGACCGUGGUGGCCACCGACGGCGGCGAGCCCCCGCUCUGGGGCACGACCAUGCUCCUGGUGGAGGUCAUCGACGUCAAUGACAACCGCCCAGUCUUUGUGCGCCCCCCCAACGGCACCAUCAUCCACAUCAAAGAGGAGAUCCCGCUGCGCUCCAACGUGUACGAGGUCUACGCCACAGACCAGGACGAGGGCCUCAACGGGGCCGUGCGCUACAGCUUCCUGAAGACCACGGGCAACCGGGACUGGGAGUACUUCACCAUUGACCCCAUCAGCGGCCUCAUCCAGACCGCGCAGCGCCUGGACCGUGAGAAGCAGGCGGUGUACAGCCUCAUCCUGGUGGCCAGCGACCUGGGCCAGCCAGUGCCUUAUGAGACCAUGCAGCCCAUGCAGGUGGCCCUGGAUGACAUCGAUGACAACGAGCCCCUCUUCCUGAGGCCUCCAAAAGGCAGCCCCCAGUACCAGCUGCUGACAGUGCCCGAGCACUCACCGCGUGGCACCCUCGUGGGCAACGUGACCGGCGCCGUGGACGCAGACGAGGGCUCCAACGCCAUCGUGUACUACUUCAUCGCAGCUGGGAACGAAGAGAAGAAUUUCCAUCUUCAGCCUGACGGGCGUCUGCUGGUGCUAAAGGACCUGGAUCGGGAGCGCGAAGCUGUCUUCUCCUUCAUCGUCAAGGCCUCGAGCAAUCGCAGCUGGACACCUCCCCGGGGACCCGCACCGGACCUGGACCUGGUCACGGACCUCACCCUGCAGGAGGUGCGCGUGGUGCUAGAGGACAUCAACGACCAGCCCCCGCGCUUCACGAAGGCCGAGUACACUGCAGGAGUGGCCACUGACGCCAAGAUGGGCUCGGAGUUGAUCCAGGUGCUGGCCCUGGACGCAGACAUUGGCAACAACAGCCUGGUCUUCUACAGCAUUCUGGCCAUUCACUACUUCCGGGCCUUUGCCAAUGACUCCGAGGACGUGGGCCAGGUCUUCACCAUGGGGAGUGUGGAUGGCAUCCUGCGCACCUUCGACCUCUUCAUGGCCUACAGCCCCGGCUACUUUGUGGUGGACAUUGUGGCCCAGGACCUGGCCGGCCACAACGACACGGCCAUCAUCGGCAUCUACAUCCUGAGGGAUGACCAGCGCGUCAAGAUCGUCAUUAACGAGAUCCCCGACCGCGUGCGUGGCUUUGAGGAGGAGUUCAUCCGCCUGCUCUCCAACAUCACCGGUGCCAUUGUCAACACUGACGACGUGCAGUUCCACGUGGAUAAGAAGGGUCGGGUGAACUUCGCACAGACAGAGCUGCUCAUCCAUGUGGUGAACCGAGAUACCAACCGCAUCCUGGACGUGGACCGGGUGAUCCAGAUGAUCGACGAGAACAAGGAACAGCUGCGGAAUCUUUUCCGGAACUACAAUGUCAUGGACGUGCAGCCUGCCAUCUCUGUCCAGCUGCCCGAAGACAUGUCUGCCCUGCAGAUGGCGAUCAUCGUCCUGGCCAUCCUCCUCUUCCUGGCUGCCAUGCUCUUCAUCCUCAUGAACUGGUACUACAGGACCGUACACAAGAGGAAACUCAAAGCCAUCGUGGCUGGCUCCGCAGGGAACCGUGGCUUCAUCGACAUCAUGGACAUGCCCAACACCAACAAGUAUUCCUUUGACGGGGCCAACCCAGUAUGGCUGGAUCCUUUCUGCCGGAACCUGGAACUGGCCGCCCAGGCUGAGCACGAGGACGACCUGCCGGAGAACCUGAGCGAGAUCGCAGACCUGUGGAGCAGCCCCACCCGCACCCACGGAACUUUUGGACGUGAGCCAGCAGCAGUGAAACCUGACGAAGACCGCUACUUGCGGGCAGCCCUCCAGGAGUACGACAACAUUGCCAAGCUGGGCCAGAUCAUCCGGGAGGGGCCCAUCAAGGGCUCGCUGCUGAAGGUGGUCCUGGAGGAUUACCUGCGGCUCAAAAAGCUCUUUGCACAGCGGAUGGUGCAAAAAGCCUCCUCCUGCCACUCCUCCAUCUCCGAGUUGAUCCAGACAGAGCUGGAGGAGCCAGGGGAGCGCAGCCCGGGCCAGGGCAGCCUGCGCUUCUGCAAGCCGCCUCCGGAGCUCAAGGGGCCCGACGGGAUCCACAUGGUGCAUGGCAGCACGGGCACACUCCUGGCCACUGACCUCAACAGCCUGCCCGAGGACGACCAGAAGGGUCUGGGCCGCUCACUGGAGACGCUGACGGCGGCCGAGGCCAGUGCCUUCGAGCGCAACGCCCGCACGGAGUCCGCCAAAUCCACGCCCCUGCACAAGCUUCGAGAUGUGAUCAUGGAGAGCCCCCUGGAGAUCACGGAGCUAUGACUAGAUGGGGGAGCCUCACUGGUGUGAGCAGCGCCAGGACCGUGGGGUGCGGACCCCUCCAGGCCGACCCUGGCUCACGACCGUGGCUUGGUCAAGUGGCGGCAGCCUGCUCUCUGCAGCUCAGAUUCCACUGCUGCCAGCACUCAUUCAGCAUCUGAUCUCUACCUUCAUAAAAUCUGUUAUUUUUUUAAGAAAACCAAACAAGAAUGUUAAGUGUCUAAGGACAAGGUAAGGAGCAUCCCUGGGGGACAGGAGUAAGCACCAACUCAGCCCGGGCUGAACUGAAAGAGGCCAAGCAGACCCCCUUCCCCUCUCCACCCCUCCCAGCCUGGCCUUGACUCAGACUUCCGUUGAAGUCUCACCGCGUUUCUGCCAUGUCCGACUGGACACCCAGGUGGGGCAGAGUGACCCCUGCCUCCCCACCUGGACAAGGUUAUUAUCCACGAACCACGUUUCUCUCCAUGUCACUGGCUUCCCAAAUGUACCGGCUCAAAAGGAGAAAUGACUGAUGUUCCCUUGGUUUUGAAUGUAGAGUGUUCGUGUGUAUUCCUUUUUAAAUUAAGUUAUUCCCUCAAUAUGUUCCCCUUGGUUUGUUUCACUGGUACUCACUGAACGUUUCUGGAAUGGUCUGAAUUUUAAAAAGAAAAGCAACUCACAGGAACUGGCACUCGCUCUGGUGAACGACGGCGUGGCCGGGGGA